AUGCAAGCGCUCUCUCUCUCUCUCUCUGUCUCUUUCUUCCUGGCUGCUGCUCUCCGAGUCCGCUUGCAAGAUCGAGCUCUAUUGCUUGUGAAGUCUGCUGAGGGAUGCGUUGUGCUUUCGAAGCCUGUGCUGACUCUCAUCCCUAAACUUCCUAAGCUCCACCGGGCUUCUUCUGCACCAAAAGCCAGAGAGGACGCUUGUUUGAGGAUCAGGUUCACGAGUUGCCAGCAUCCUGACGUGGCAGGCCUGUUGAAGAUUGGCUCCGCCCACCUGAGUACGGAGAGCUCCGAGAGCUCUGGCAUCUACAUCUCGGCACAUAAUCUCUCUCUCGAAGAGGCGAUGAAUUGCACGAGUACCUCCUCUUGCACAUUCUAUGCGAAUGCCACCGCCACCCGAAGUGCUGGCUUCCUGUGCCCUUUGGGCACGGGUGCGGUGGAUUUCCAAGCGUUGCAUGAUUUCGGCUGCCUGGCAUGCCAGCCGGGGGACACACAGGUUCUGAACGUGACGAGCAG